CCUCACCAUCUUCAACACCACGGCCGGGAUUAGGCCGUUCGCAUGAUGGAGGACGACUACUACUCUCUCACGUCCAUUCUUGCCGACAACCAUAAACUGCCCUGCACAUUCACUCUUGAGGUUCCAGGCCUGGGGUAUCUCGAGGGCGGGAGCGAACAGAACUUGCAGGCCGGUGCGAAAGUCGAAUUACCAUUAUGGAUGGCGCGGGUGUUGGCGCAGAACGAGUUUGCGACGUUUACUGUUCCGCAGCCGUUCACACAGCGCGUCCGCGCCAACUUGAAUGCGAGUGCACCGGCUGUCAAGCUUAGCAGUCUCGUCGGUGCGGGUGGUUGGUGGUACCGCUUCGGCACGGCCAUUGCCAAGAUCUGGGACAGUGGGGACAGCCUACUUGCGAUGUUGCGGGAAGCGUUCAUCAGCCGCCUGCCGGCGCUUCAGAAUCUCUCUGCACAUCAUGCGAGCAUGGACCACAGCUCUAUUCCAGAGGGUACGGCCGGGACGGGCGAAGCCUUUCGCGAAGGCAUGGAGGCGGACGAGCGAGAAUUAUUCAACAUCGGCCAGGAAAGCGGGCGGAUCGUCAAGAAGUGGCACGACUCGUCGUGGGCCAGGCGAUAGCUCGAGAGGUUGUACAUAUGCAUUUAGCUCACAUUGCCCCGGUGUGA